AGCCUCGUUGGCCAAGCGCUUCUAAAAAAAGCAGAAGAGGGAUUCGACUCUGGUUAGUGGAGAAAGAAGGAAAGAAGGAGGACAACUUGAAGAAGAAGGAGGUAAACUGAACAUGAAUUGUACAUUUACGAAGGAUGAGCGAAGCAUCCCUGGAUAAUAGUUGGUGGGGAGUUUGCUCGGCUACCUGGUUGGGGGUUGCGUUCGGUAAGAGUAUAUAUGAUCGCUCCGACACCUCCACCAUCAGUCAUUCCUAGUGACUUAACAUCCCGGUGUCUUUUACUCGACGGAUCGGUUAGGUUAACAAUUAAAGACAGCAGCGUCACCAAUCAUGAGGCUGCGCUUGUUAUUGAUAGCCUCGCUAGCUAUCUUUCACGCUUGCACGGCAGAACAGGGUUAUAGUUAUCCUAGGCCUAACAAUCCGCUAACACCAGGUGGGCCAGGUGGCGAUCAAGGAGGUAAGCCAGGAGGUCCAGGUUAUCCUGCUACUCCUGGUGGCUAUCCGUCUGGACCACCCGGUGGACCCGGUCCAUCGGGUCCAGGUUAUCCAGGAGGUUAUCCGGGAGGUUAUCCGUCUCCCGGUGGCCCUGGAGGACCCGGUGGUCCGGGAGGAUCGGGAGGAUAUCCUAGUGGGAGACCAGGUGGACAGGGCGGGCCAGGAGGUUUUCCUGGCGGCGGAUCCGGAGGACCAGGAGGGCCAGGAGGCCCAGGAGGCUAUCCAGGCCAUGGAGGACCGCAAGGACCAGGUGGACCAGGAGGUCCAGGAGGACCGGGUGGGUCGGGAGGUUAUCCAAGCGGGAGACCAGGCGGACCUGGUGGGUCUGGAGGUUAUCCCGACGGUGGUGCUGGAGGACCAGGAGGGCCAGGGGGACCGGGAGGCUAUCCAGGGAGACCUGGAGAACCAGGAGGGCCAGGAAGUCCUGGGGGUUAUCCUAGUGGAGGGUCCGGUGGAUCAGGAGGCCCAGGUGGCCAAGGAGGAUCCGGAGGCUAUCCUAGUGGCAGACCUGGUGGACCAGGAAGCCCUGGAGGCUAUCCUAGCGGUGGACAAGGCGGGCCAGGAGGACCAGGAGGUCCAGGAGGUUAUCCCAGUGGGGGGCCACAUGGUCCAGGAGGAUCAGGAGGCCCAGGGGGCUCUGGUGGCUAUCCUAGCGGCAGACCUGCUGGACCAGGAGGGCCAGGAGGCCCAGGAGGCUCUGGUGGCUACCCUAGUGGCCGGCCUGGUGGUCCAGGAGGAUCAGGAGGGCCAGGAGGUCCAGGAGGCUAUCCUAGUGGAGGAACAGGAGGACCAAGUGGGCCUGGAGGAUAUCCCAGUGGCAGACCAGGUGGAGCUGGAGGACCAGGAGGUGCCGGAGGUUCAGGAGGCUAUCCCAAUGGAGGCCCACAAGGACCAGGAGGUUAUCCUAGUGGCAGACCAGGAGGAGCAGGAGGAGCAGGAGGACCAGGAGGUUAUCCUGGUGGAGAAUCCGGAGGGCCAGGAGGACAAGGAGGACAAGGAGGGUCGGGAGGUUAUCCUAGUGGCAGGCCAGGAGGAGCAGGUGGACCAGGAGGAUCAGGAGGACCAGGAGGUUAUCCCGGUGGUGGGUCUGGAGGGCCAGGAGGAUCAGGAGGUUAUCCUAGCGGUGGGCCAGGUGGAUCUGGUGGCCCAGGCGGUCCAGGAAGUUCUGGAGGCUAUCCCAGUGGUAGACCACAAGGACCGGGUGGAACAGGAGGGCCAGGAGGACCAGGUGGGCCUGGGGGUUUUCCUGGCAGUAGACCUGGUACACCAGGAGGACCAGGAGGUUAUCCCGGUGGAGGAUCCGGAGGUCCGGGUGGACCAGGAGGACCAGGAGGUUAUCCCGGUGGUGGAUCUGGUGGUCCAGGAGGACCUGGAGGCUAUCCUGGUGGUGGAUCCGGUGGUCCAGGAGGACCUGGAGGCUACCCUGGUGGUGGAUCCGGUGGUCCAGGAGGACCUGGAGGACAAAGUCCAGGUGGCUAUGAAGAACCAUAUGACGAAGGCGACUAUUCUGCAAUCCCUGGCGAGCCUGGUCGUGAUUAUCCUAUAUACUCUGAAAUACCCGAAACUAGUUUCCGUUGUGAAAAUCAACAGUUCCCCGGAUAUUAUGCGGAUGUUGAAGCUCAGUGUCAAGUCUUUCAUAUUUGUGCCAAUAACAAAACCUACGAUUUCCUUUGUCCUAAUGGGACUAUUUUCCAUCAACAGUAUUUUGUCUGUGUGUGGUGGAAUCAAUUUGACUGUAGCACGGCUCCCAAUUUCUACUAUUUGAAUGAAAAUAUUUAUGAUUAUAACAUAAUGGGAGGUCCUGAAAUGUUCCCUGGUGGACCAGGUGGUCCAGGAGGAUUACCCGGCAUUGGACCUGGUGGACCCGGAGGCCCUGGAGGACCUGGAGGACCAGGUAGUUAUCCAGGUGGAACUGGUGGUCCAGGAGGGCCAGGAGGCUAUCCUGGUGGCAAACCAGGUGGACCAGGUGGACCUGGCGGACCAGGAGGUCCUGGUGGUUAUCCUAGCGGCAGACCAGGUGGUCCCGGAGGACCAGGAGGACCUGGAGGCUAUCCUGGUGGUGGGCCACAAGGUCCUGGUGGACCAGGAGGUCCUGGAGGCUAUCCUGGUGGUGGGCCACAAGGUCCUGGUGGACCUGGAGGACCAGGAGGACCAGGAGGUCCUAGUGGCUAUCCUAGCGGUAGACCAGGCGGACCUGGUGGGCCAGGAGGUUAUCCCGAUGGCGGAGCUGGAGGACCAGGAGGUCCAGGUGGGCCAGGAGGCUAUCCUGGUGGAAAACCUGGUGGGCCAGGAGGACCAGGAGGGCCAGGAAGUCCUGGAGGUUAUCCAGGUGGAGGACCACAUGGACCUGGUGGACCAGGAGGACCAGGAGGUUAUCCGGGUGGUGGACCCGGAGGACCAGGAGGGCCAGGAGGUUAUCCCGGUGGUGGACCCGGUGGGCCAGGAGGGCCAGGAGGGCCAGGAGGUUAUCCUGGUGGUCGACCCGGAGGGCCAGGUGGACCAGGAAGUCCUGGCGGCUAUCCUAGCGGCAGGCCAGGAGGACCAGGAGGACCAGGAGGAUCAGGAAGUCCAGGAGGUUAUCCCGGUGGUGGACCUGGCGGUCCAGGAGGACCAGGAGGAUCUGGUGGGUAUCCUGGUGGAAAACCAGGUGGUCCAGGUGGACCUGGAAGUUACCCUGGCGGUGGUCCCGGAGGCCCGGGAGGACCAGGAGGACCUGGAAGUUACCCUGGCGGUGGUCCCGGAGGCCCAGGAGGACCAGGGGGACCCGGUAGUCCAGGAAGUCCAGGAGGUUAUCCAGGUGGCGGGCCACAUGGUCCCGGAGGACCAGGAGGACCCGGUAGUCCAGGAAGUCCGGGAGGUUAUCCAGGUGGCGGGUCACAUGGUCCUGGUGGAACAGGAGGGCCAGGAGGGCCAGGAGGGCCAGGGGGUUAUCCCAGUGGGAAACCAGGUGGUACAGGAGGGCCAGGAGGGCCUGGUGGUUAUCCAGGAGGGGGACCCGGGGGUCCAGGGGGAUCAGGUGGACCUGGUAGUCCAGGAGGUUAUCCAGGAGGAGGAUCACAUGGUCCCGGUGGUGCAGGUGGGCCAGGAGGAUCAGGAGGACCCGGUGGGUAUCCUGGUGGCAAACCAGGUGGUCCUGGAGGUUUUCCUGGUGGUGGAUCAGGAGGACCAGGGGGCUCAGGUGGACCAGGUGGAUCGGGAUAUCCCGGUGGACCUCAAUAUUUAGCACCGUCUGAACCUCAUGGACCGAGUGGUCCAAGUGGUCCAGGUGGUCCAGGUGGUCCAGGUGGUCCAGGAGGUCCAGGAGGACCCGGAUAUAGACCAGGUGGUCCAUCUUUCCCCAGUGGACCGUCGAGACCUGGUGGUUUUCCUGAUGGUAAGCCACCCCAUGGAGACACGCCAUUUCCUCCACAAGGGCCUUCUAAACCAGAGCGCGAAUAUUUGCCACCCCGAGUCGGUUAAUCCUAACAAUUAUGUAAUCGCGUUAACUCCGAAUUUAACGCCUAACAAUCGCCGUUGGUGAUACUUGAACCAUAUUGUAAAUACAAGCCUUCUUACGUAUUAGCUAAGUUAAGUAAUAUGGUAUUCAUUUCUAUGGAUAAUGUAAUCGUUUUCUUUGCGAUAGUUCUUUCAUUGUGUAGUUUUCUUGAAAGUAACUUUUAAUGUUACCAUUAAGUAAGUUUAUCCUUACUUUCUUUUAUGAGAUUUAUAAAUUACUUCCUUGAAGUUUUUAAAAGCUUUCGUAUUUUAUGUCACUAAAUAAGUUUUAAUAGAUUACGGGUCUUUCUUUUUUCAUUUCAAGAUGCAAACAGAGAGGGAGAUUGUAAGAUACUAAUUACAGAAAUUAGAUAUUACAUCUGUCUUGUAUUGUAUAUAGCCAUUGAAAUGGACGCAUUCUAUCUAUGUAAAAUAUUUCGAUAUUUUUCUUUUUUUUUUGUUUUGAAAAUAGGACAACUAUCGUAAUAUUUGUAAUUACAUUCAAUUUUACGUACUUGUAUCGGAAAGUUAGCAGCAAAAGAACUUUCGUAAAAUUAUACUAAAUUAAGAGCGAUUUAAGAGAACAUAACGAAAAGAUCGUUGGAACCUAUCUCGCAAGGUAUUAUUGCACGAUAUAUUUAUUUAUUUCGAUAUUAACAUAAUAUCGAUAUAUUAUUAAAUCGACCCCUUAUCAUUAAGAGAAAAUAUCAAUAGGGACAAUUAUUCGGAUCUUUAAUAUAUAAUUCUCAUGCUCUAUAUAUAAUAAUAAAACAUAUGCUCAACAAAGAUCCGAAUAAUAUUCUCCAUUUCUCCGAACAUUAUCAUCCUAAUUUUGUGCUAAGCAAAGAGAUGUUAACAUAAUAUUAUAGUAAUUUUAUACUUUUUAUAUUAUACACUCUCAUAUACACAUCCAUAUAUGUAAUUUUAUAACGAUGGUUCGAGACUCCUACGUGGGAUGCCAUUAUGUAUAGUUUAUAUGUGAAAUAAAGGAAACGCCUUUGCAAGAAUCAA